UUAACGACUUCAUGGAUUAACAGAUAAACUACUACCAAACUCAAUAAUUCCAAGAACCCAACCAAGAUCCACAUAAAUCAUAAAGGUCCUAAUCCAAUACAAGGGAUCUCUUGACAUCUCCCAAUAUUGUAUAUGUCACCAGAGCCAUUCCUCAACAACAAACUCAACCUCCUAUUAGAUUGGAAACCCAGCAAUUGAAACCCUCAUAAUCUUAAUAUAAUAUUAAGGUUUAAGAGAUAGUUAAAGUGAUUGAGCCAUCCAGAGAAGAACUUGAGUUUUAUAAAAAUAAGUGUUCCCUCUAUGAAAAAUAAAUCCAGGAACUUACAAAUGAAGUCCACAGAUUCAAAAGCACUUGUCAAGAGAAAGUCACCUAUAUUGAAGACACUCAUAGAGUUUAACAAUUAGAAACCAACCUAUAAUAAUAUUAAAUUGAACUCAAUAGAGUAAAUACUCUCCUUAGAGAAACUACUAAUGAAUCAGAAUAAUUAAAGAUCAAAGUAUCUCAAAUGACUCAAUAAUUUAUGGCAAUUCAAUAGAAUCAAGUUGAAUAUGAGAGAAUUAAAAAGAGUUCUUAAGAUAAUGAACAAUAUUGGUAGAAUGAAAUCCAAAGAUUGAAUGUGCUUGUCUCUUAAAGUCAAUCCCAAUUACAGUAAAUGCAAAAGACCUUAAUUGAAAGUAAAAAGUACGAGCAAUCAUACAUCCAAUAAUAGUAAGUACAAAAUUAAUUGACGACUGAACUUGAAAGAAUUACUGCUCUACUUAAACAGAAAUCAGAAGAAUAUGAUCAAUCCAAAUAAACAUACAUUAAAGAGAUUGAGAUUCUAUCUAAGCGUUUGAGGGACUCUGAAUCAGAAAAUUAGGAUCUUAAGAAUAGAGAAGUCAAUUAUAAAUAGAACAUAGAUAAUUAAUACAGGGAGAAUUAAAGUCUUUCAGAUAAAUAUAUGAAUGAAAUGCUCAACAAAAAUGAUGAGAUUUCAAAACUGUAAUCCAUUAUUCAAACUCUUCAAAUGACUCUAUAGGAUACCUCCAAAUAUCAGGAGUAUGAAAUCAGAUCCAAAUUAUAAAAUGAAGAAAUUAACAAUCUUAAUCAAAGAAUCAGAAGUAAAUAGGAUGAAUUAGAUAAAUGCAAAUAAUAGCUAAUGAUUUAUCAGAAUUAAAUAUAGGAAUAUCAGAAGUAUACAGAUUAUGAAAUCAAAUAUUAAAAUCUGGCUUAGGAAUUCGAUAGAGUCAACAAUUCAUUAAUGAUCAAAUUAUAAGAAAACGAUCAAUUAAGAAAUUGCAUUGCCAAAUUAUAGAUCACUCUUAAUGAUCAUUACAAAGUUGACGAUUAUGAAAAUAAAAUUGGAUUAUAAAAUCAAGAAAUUGAUAGAUUGCAUUAAAGUCUCUAACACAAAACAGAAGAAAUAGACAGGCUGAUAAAUGAAAAUAAUAGAAUGUCAUCAAUUAUGAGAUAGAGAAAUGAGGAAUUAGAAAAUUUGAAAUUCAAAUUAUAAGAUAUAUCUUAAUUGAAGGAAUAUCAAUAAAAGUUUGCCUUACUCAGUACUGAAAUCGAGAGAUUGACUGUUCAAUUGAGAAAUAAGAAUGAGGAGAUAGAGAAGGUUAGAUAACAAUUUUCUUAAUUCCAAUUAAGCGAAGCUCACAAGUUAAAAGAAUUAGAAUAAAAGAAUGUAGUUUAUUCUACUGAAAUAGAGAGAUUGAGUAAUUUAUUGAAAAUUAAAUUAUAAGAAAUAGAAUCAAAUAAAAUGAGCAUCAAAUAAUUAUAAGAAGAAUGUGAGAAUCAAAAAAUCAAAUUAAUCAAUCAAUUAGAUGUAACUACUUACAAUGAAAGAAUUACACAGCUUAAUUAAGAGGUUGAAUCUUGGAAGGCCUAAUUUAUUAAUUUAAAUAGAGAAUACCAUAAGCAAUAAGAAUAACUGAUAUUAUCAAAUGCUGAACUUGAUACAUUUAAGAAACAGAAAAAUGGAUCUUUUAGAGUAAAUAUUAUUUCUAUUUAUUUUAGGUUGAGUCCUACGAAAUUGUCAAAGAAAAUCAAAAUUCUAAAAUUUCCUAGUAUCAGUACGGAACAUUAACCACUAGAAAUAUAUGAGUAUC